CAAGCCCCAAGCCUGUGCUGCUGUUACUCCAAGGUAAGUAGUCUGUCUUAUCAUGCAGUUUGUUUCAUAUUCCCUUUCCCUUUCCCCUGUUCAAGUUGCUGUAUGAGCCCUGUCACCGACCACCACAGGCUCAUCAACGUGCAAAGAUUGGACCAGGAUGCUAGCAUUGCACAACAGAGGAGGCGAAGGAUGUGCAAGUAGCCGUAGGAGUAGGCGCGACAUACUGACACUCGAUACAGAAGGAAAUGAAGCCCCAUGCUGUGUGACUGCUCACGUAUGGCUGUCAGUUACCACCAUUGCCCUGUUCGACGUUUGGGCAUCUCGGCUCCGGAAGUAGCACAUCCCCAACUGUUCAACAUGUUCGAGUGGGAUGAUGUCCCUGUAGUAUUAAGGCAGGCUUUUUCGCAUUCGAACCCUUUCCAAUGUUCUUUCACACACUGUGUAUACCUGAGUCACCCAUAUCUGUAGUAUCGCAUCCCAGGAUGGCUGGUAUCAUGCCAGACAUUCCAAAACCGCCCAUCAGCGAGCAACCAAUUACACUCCGCAACUGGCACCGCCAUGUUGCUUGGUUUAACACGACUUUUAUCAUCAUAAUACCAUUAUGUGGCUGCAUAACCGCUGUCUCCACACCCUUGCGACGACCGACUGCCAUCUGGGCUGUGCUCUACUACUUUUGGACUGCGCUGGGUAUUACCGCGGGCUAUCAUCGGCUUUGGUCACAUAGAACCUACGAAGCGUGAGUUCUUCUUCGUAUAUGAACUGGCUCCAUAGCUCCGGCAAUCUGUGCAUACGAGCAUGAUUGUUGACAGGCAUUCCAUCUUCAAGCGGCCUACCACUCAGAAUUUUCCUGGCCUGUGCCGGUGGAGGCGCCGUGCAAGGCUCGAUUCGCU